CGUUGACUGGGUUCGAGUUUCUUAGGACUCGGUUACGCUUUCGACAAAACUCACUGCCUCCCUUCUCCUCGUUCUUCUUCAAGAGACUUCCCUUCAAGUUUCCCCAUUAUUUUGUUCCUUUCCCCAUGGCGACUUUACUUUCAAAGCAGAGUUUCUGUCUCUUCAUUUCAUAUCUUUCAACUUUCUAUAUCCUCUCUAGAUCCUUUUCGCCCGCGGACAAUUACCUCAUCGACUGCGGCUCCCCCGUCGACUCCAUCAUAGACAAUCGUCGAUUUGUCGCCGACGCCUCCACCUCCAAACCAUCUCUCUUCUGUUCGACUCGCUCGAUCUCACUCAUGGCGGAAAACCCUCUCCUGGAUACGCCCAAAAUCUACCAUACAGCCAAGAUUUUCAAGAGACCGUCAAAGUACGUCUUCAAUGUCGUCGAACAAGGAACCCACGCGGUACGUCUCCAUUUUCAUCGUUUCAAUUCAUCGAAGCUCGAUUUUGAUGAUGCGCUAUUCCACGUUUUGGUCAAUGGAUAUGUCGUUUUAAGCAAUUUUAGCUGCGCUGAAACUUUUUGCCCUAGGGUUAAGGAGUUUCUGAUCUGGGUAGAUAGUGAAAAGCUUGUUGUUACAUUUUUGCCUAGUAACAGGAAGAAAUUUGCGUUUGUCAAUGCAAUUGAAGUGAUAUCUGCGCCUAAAGAUUUGAUCUCUGAUAGUGCUAAAUUUGUCAAUGGUGAUAAAAUUGAGAAUCUCAAUGGGUUAAAUAAGAAAGCACUGGAAGCUGUCUUUAGGGUCAAUGUGGGUGGACCCAAAGUCACCCCAUUUAACGAUUCUCUAUGGAGGACUUGGUUUCCUGAUUCUGAGUUCUUGAAAUCCGGCGAGGGAACCGAUGAGGUGUAUUCUAGCGGCAGAAUUAGGUACCAAAGUGGAGGAGCAAGCCGUGAAAUUGCGCCAGAUAACGUGUAUAACACUGCCCGUGUUUUAACCAGCAAGAAUGCUUCAAUUCCUAAUGUGAAUAUUACCUUAGAAUUUCCUGUGGUUGAUGGUUAUAGGUACCUUGUUCGGACACAUUUCUGUGAUAUCGCCAGUGUAUCACUGGGUUUUCUGUAUUUCAAUGUUUAUGUUAAUGGGCAUUUGGCAUAUAAAGAUUUGGAUAUGACAGAUGUUGCAAAUAAUGCCUUGUCCGCUCCAUUUUAUGCUGAUUUUGUGGUUGAUGGUGUUGGUAAUCUUGGUGUCCUGAGUGUAAGCAUUGGAGCUUCAUCUAAGAGUAUGGAGUACACAGUUGAUGGUAUCUUAAAUGGUGUAGAGGUCAUGAAGAUGAGUAAUUCAAUGGGUAGUUUUGAUGGAGAUCUCUCUGCAGAAUUGAUCUUGAAGGGUUGGCCCAGAGAGAAUGUCGGUGUUUUGAUCCCUUUUCUUGCGGUUGUGUGUUUGUUUCUGGGCAUUUCCAUGGUAUUACAUCGAAAAAUGGUUGCAGGGAAGCACUCUGUGGAAUGGUCGAAGUUGCCUGUGGAUGUAAGUCAGGUUGAUCUGAAGCAUUGGAAUCAAGCUGGAAAAUUAUGAUGCUUUUUAAGAUUUUACUCAAGUUGCAAUGGAUUCAUUUACCUUUCAAUCCGUAAUCAAUAUUUACCACUUGUUCUCAUAUUAGUCUUAAUAUGUGUAAUAUAUAUGUAUAACUUUGCUUGGGAUGUAAGAAUUGCUGUUAAUAUGUGGAGUAAAGAGUCUGAAUUUGGGGAUCUGUAACUAGCCUUAUGUUGUUAGGAAGAGUUGUCCUCUUAAAAAUUGGAAGUUAUGUUUUUCCUAUGAAAACAGUUAUAGAAUAGAAGACUGUAUUAUGCUACAUGUGAAUUGUAUAUUUACCUUUUCUUUUUUUUUUUUUUAUGUUGAUGUCAAAUGCUUUUGUCUA